CCCAUUUGAAUUUGACGAUCAAAAUUUGAACUUUUUGAAAUUAUUUCAAAAACCCAUUUGAAUUUGAUGAUCAAAAUUUGAACUUUUUGAAACCAUUUCAAAAACCCAUUUCUUUUCUGAAGUUUUCUUCUCAGCCAAAAUGGGGAAGGCUGCAAAAUGGAUAUUGAAUCUUCUUCUUGGGAAAAAGGAAGAACAUCAGAAGAAUCAGAUGAAGAAGAAGAUGGGUUCUUCUUCUUUUUCUGAUCACUCUGCAAAUUUGAAGCUAAAAUGGAGUUUUAGAAAGACAAAUCUUCUGUUAACUCAUAAGCUUUCUAAAUCUGUUGGCUCCAUUCAUACCAUUCAAGCUCUCAAGCAUGUAGCUAUGGCAGAUGAGAAGAAGCCACCAUCAAGUGCUCGAAACGCUGCUGCUACGACGAUCCAAUCCGCGUACCGGUCUCAUUUGGCAAGGAAAGCAUUGCAUGCUUUAAGAGCACUGGUUAAGAUACAAGCACUUGUGAGAGGCUAUCUUGUGAGGAAACAAACAGCUGCUACCUUAAAGAGCCUGCAAGCUUUGAUGGCAAUCCAAGUUCGAGCUCGGGUGAGUCGGAUCCAGCUGCUCGAGGACGAGGAAGAGCUUCUCGAAAGGAGGCGACGUAAGCGUCUCAUUGGCACAAAUCUCGAAAAAGUAUACAACGUAAACUCCAUGAUUCAUCUCGUAGCUGUUCGAUUACACAUUCACUUUGUUUACUGGUUUUUCUUGGCUUUUCUUAGAGACUAAACAUGAAUCUCAAUGAAACUCGGAGAUCAUAUACGAGCAAGAGUGACCAUAUAAGUCGUUCUCAAAUCGAACAGAUAGUGAAUGAAUCAAAUGCUUGUUCUUGUAGACGAAACCUUUCGAUCCCGAGGCAGUAUCAGCACAAAGAUCACUCCGGCACCAGGGAACCGAACAUGUCCAAACCAACAGCUGAAACAGCCUUAUUUUCCAUGGAUCAUCCAAGGCGUUCAGAUUUCGUGCCUAAUGACCAUCCAUUCUAUCCAA